CGCAUGCAGAGGCCGAAAUGUACGUUGUGUGUACACAAUAACGUACACAAACUUUUUCGAGAAGCCAGAUGUCAGCCUCCAUGAUUUGGAAAGGCGUCCUUGGUUUCGGUUUCGGAUUGGCAAAUUUGGCACUUUUCACAACCGGUACAGUUCCAAAAAGUAACCAGAAUGCUUCGUCAGACGCUGAUCUACCUAACAUAGCCAUUAUUGGUGCUGGUAUUGGAGGGACGUCAAGUGCCUAUCACCUCCGUCAGCUGUUUGGCGACAAUGCAAAGAUAGAUGUUUAUGAGCCAGGUCACGUUGGUGGCCGGAUUAAAGCGGUGCAAGUUGAUGGUCGGUUCUAUGAAGCUGGGGCAUCAAUCAUUCAUCCAAAGAACCAGUAUAUGGUCAACUUUACAAAAAUGCUCGGUCUGGAGCAUCGAAAACAGGCAUCUGGACAAGUCGUAGGAUUCUUUGAUGGCAAAGAGAUGAUCUUCACUGGUAGUUCCUGGGAUGUUGUUUUCAUUGGCAAGUUGCUGUGGCGAUAUGGUUUGAGUGUCGUCAAACUGAAUUACUGGGUAGAAAACCUGCUUUCACAGUUCAAGAGGAUCUACGACCACCAAGAAGCCGGACAUGCUUUUACCACAGUCGAGAAACUCUUAAAUUCUAUGUCACCUGCAUUCUUUGAACUGACGCAGAAAAGUGUGCGAGAGGCCUUGACGGAGGCGGGCAUGUCUAAACGCUUCAUUGAUGAAGUUGUUAUGGUUGCGCUGAGGAAUAAUUACGGGCAGACGCCAGACGUUCACGCAUUUGUUGGUAGUGUCUCCCUCUCUGGAAUUCAGCCGGGAUUGUGGGCCGUCGCAGGAGGAAACCAGCUCGUUCCGCAGAAACUCCUCGGUGUGUCAAACGUCAAUGCGAAUCAGUCCCAAGUUGCUCAAGUCAAGUUAGUUCCCGGUGCCAAACCAAAAUACCAAGUAAUGACGACAGAUGGGGUGACAAAAGUAUAUGAUGUCGUAAUUGUCGCUGCUCCUCAACAUCAAAACAGCCGGAUAGAAUUUUCCGGAUUUCCGGACCCUGUUCAGGCUAGCAGUCAGUAUCAUCGGACUGUGUCAAACUUAGCUAAGGGAACACAGAGCAAAGCUUUUUUCGGACUCAGCGAAAGUGAUAUUGUCAAUGAGAUAACCACUACAAACGUUAGCGUCUUUUUCAACACGUUUGCUCAGAAUUUCCCUGUGGAUUAUAACCCAGAAAAUGAUGUUAAAACGGGUCAUCAAGUCUGGAAGUCGUUUUCUCAAAUUCCGUUGACCGAGGAACAGAUAAAUGAACUAUUCAAGUCACAUGAUCAAGUAGUCGUAGCUGAUUGGUUGGCGUAUCCCAGUUAUGCGUCUGCAGAAAAAAUGCCUUCAUUUGUCCUCCAUGAUCAGUUGUAUUAUUUGAAUGCAAUAGAGCGUGCCGCCUCAGCUAUGGAAAUGAGCGCCAUUGGUGGCCGUAAUGUCGCACUAUUGGCGUAUAAUCGCUGGUUUAAUAAGGUGGACAAGAUUGAUUCAGAGAGUGUUAUGGUGAAAAUUGUACCAAAAAAGAAGAAAAAUGAAUUGUAGUAACAUGUAUGCAUGAGAUUUACGAUGCAAUAUUCGGGAACAUUACGGUCAACGUAGUUAAGGCACGCACUCUGGCUGGUUGGUAGAGUGUGGGUGGUCAAUGCGUUUCAAGUUCCUCCAGGUUCACCCAUUGGUUCUGUCCGAGUUUAUAAUGAUAAUAAUAAUGAGUCUUUUAUAUAGCGCAAUUCCGUGACACUAUAGUUCUCGCUCAAAGCGCUUUGGGAUAUCAUAUUAUUACCCCGGUCUCCACAGAAAUCAAUCAGGGGUUUCAAGGAGCAACCCCAGAAGGUGCUCACUUGAACUCGACCAGUAGGGGAACUAAGCAGUGACUCGGCCGGGAGUCGAACCCACGACCUCCUGAUCAUGAGGCCAACUCGCUUCCACUUCGCUACCGCUGCCCCAUAAUUAUAAAACUGGCAGAGAAGUAUAUCCAAGACUAAGAGCCAUAGUUUGUAUCAAGUGCCAUUUUUCCUCAAUACCAUGCUACUGGUCAACUUAGCAGAAAAUUUUCACUUGCAUUUCUUCACUUUGGUUAGUCCAAACUUUAUUCAAUUUUCCAUAUUGAUGGACUUUCCUGAGUUCAUCUCUCAUAAAAUUUUCUGGUGGUUCAGUCAUGGCCGUCUUGCCAAAUUGGACACUUUACCCGCACUAGCAUGCGUACUCCACCCAAAAAAGAUAUGUUUUACUUGAGACGACUAACAGGAGGCAAAGACCCAGGAGGGCCACGAAGCCGCUAUUGAUGAUGAUGAUUAUGAUGAUGAUGAUGAUGUCCCAAAUAUCCUGUUUUUGCUGGCGAUAAUGCUUUCUCCAAACCAAAGACACCUCAUGCUGGGACAUUUGACAUGACUGAUUGAUUGAUUAAUCCUCAUUGAUUCAACAGUGCAUCAUGCUGUGUUGCAAUCUAACAUCACUGGUGACAUUGAAGCUGUUGGUGACCUGUACAUGGACUUGGUGUACAUCAACAUGUAUGAAGCAAGUUCCCUAUUGCGCUACUUUUCUUUAAAAUACAGUGCUAGAAUAUGUCCUGCCAAAUGCACAUAAAUUUUCAAUUGCCUUUCAUGUGUUAUAUGUGUCAUAUAGAUGAUCCAAUGUGUCAAUUGAAUGAUUUUUGGGUGUAAAUUUAUGAUUAUCAUGUUAUGUACGAAUGCCAUGCAAUCAUGUACAUUUUGUAUGAUUUUAUGGUUCAUAAUAAAAGAUAUUAUUUGAUUGAA